AUGCCUCCAAGAACUGGAAAAAAGCGAGCCACUAAAUAUGUUGACUAUUCAUCAGAUGAAUCCGUCGAUUCAGUGUUGAGUGAUGUUGAUGACUCUGUAACAUCAUCGGAAGAGAAAGUAAAUGAAUCACCACAACCACUACGUGCUCCUAAAAAGAAAUUAAAAAAGAGUACAGAAGAAAGAAUUAAAGAAGUAGUUGGGGAUGAUUCACAAAAUGUUGAAGAAGAGGGAAAUGAUGAUAAUAUGGUUGAUGAGGAUGGUGAGCAAUCAGUAUCUGUUAUUGGUAUUUUUAAUACUAAACGUUUAUUGGAUGCUAGAAGUAAAAAAGUCAAAAGAAUGGAUUGGGAACAAGGAUUUUUCUAUUUACCUAAAUUUGAUUGUUAUUUACCUAGACAUAUUCUCCACAUGAUACUUGAAUAUGUUCCUCCAUUUCCAUACUUUUUAAAUAUUAGAUGUAUUUCACAACAGUGGUUAGAUGAUUUUGAUACAGUCAUUUGUCAAAAUGUGAAGGAACUUGACUUGAUUCAAAGAAAUGAUAUCGAUUAUGAAUUAGUGAAAUAUAAUUUCCCUUGGUAUGAUUCAUAUUGUGAUAUUAGAACAAAUAAUGAUUGCAUUAGAUUAUUGGCACUUUUAUUCCCAAAUGUUGAAAAGUUAAUUGUACCAGGUUUUGGUACCAGAGUUAAUGUACCAAAUAACAUGUUGACUCUUUUUCACAAAUUACAAACUAUGGAGAUAUUUUAUGUUGGCCCACUCACUGUGGAUACUCGUAGAAAUUAUCCUUUAGAAAUGAAUAUCACUUACAGACAAGAUAUUACAAAUAUUCAAUCCAUUACUAAUAAGAAAUAUUUGACUCAAUUUAGCUCUAUUGUCAAGGCAAUGAAUAUAGAUAACUCAACACUUAUAACAGUAACAAAUUGCCUUAUUCCUGAAAAUGUAAUUAAUUUAUUCAAAUACCUUGUUAAGGAACAACACUUCUCUCUUAAGAGAUUGAACAUUCUAUUAUUACCAGGACCUCUUUAUAGCAAAGCAUUGAUUGACUUUAUUUUAGAAGAGAAUGUAAAACAUGUGGAAAGAGGCUAUGGUACACCUCUACUUGCUUCUUACUCUCAAAUUCUUUAUAUAGAAAAUGAUGAAAUCAUUGAUUACAUGUAUGAAAAACAAUUUUUCAAAAAUCUACUAUCUCCAAUGGAUAUUGAUUGGAAUAUUAUUUCUCAAGUAUUAUCUCGUACUUCCAGUCCUAAAAUGUUUAAAAUAUUAUUUGAACAAUCUAAUUUUCCACUUGUAUGUGAUGAAGAAAUCAAUCCAUUAUUAUUGUUCAUUAAGAGAAGUAAAUCCACUCAUCAACCAGAAAUUAUUGAAUUUUUAUGUACUCUUAAUCCAUCUAUUAUUACAUUAGGUGAUGUAAAAGGUAUUGUGAAUGGAGAUGAAAUGAAUUUAAACAUUUUACAUUCAUAUUUGACAGGUGCUAGCAAUAAUGAAUACACUAUUGAUGAAAAUAUUAUUUCAUCCUUGAUUAAGGCUGGUUGUGAUGUCAAGUUUGUUUGUCCAACAACAGGAAAUAAUCUCAUUCAUAUACAUCCUUGUUCUCCAUCUCUUAUUGAUGCAGUACCAGUAGAAUAUUUUCAAAUGAAAAAUAAUAAGGGUUAUAAUCCUUUAGAACGUUUAAUCAAAAGAAUUGAAAUUGAAAGAAAUAUUGAGAAUAAUGAAUUAUUAACCACAAUUGAUGCAUUUGGAAAAGCGUAUUCAAAAUAUGGUUUAUCAAUUAAUGAAUUGAAAUUUGAAAAGAAUCAAAACUUGCUGCACAAAUUAAUCAAUUUGUGCUCUAAAGCAAGAGGAAUAGUUAGCAAAUUAAUCCAGUUAGGAGUUGAUGCUAAUGCUAUUGAUGAAGAUGAAAAUCUUCCUUUGUUUUACUUUUUAGGUCACUUUAACUCAGAUACUGACGUUACAGCACUUAUUGACUCAAUUUCAGAAGAAACAUUGACAAAACGCUAUAACAACAAAAGCUUCCUUACCAACGUAAUAGAAAGACUCGAUUCAGAUGAACCAAAUUCACAUUUCUAUUUUGGCUGUGAUGAAAAGAUUUCUACACUUGAUUUACUAGAAAAUCUACUUGUUAGAGGAUGUAAUUUAAAUGAGACUCUUUCAGAAUUGUCUGAUACAUAUUAUGAGAAGGGUAAUCUUGAUCGCAACAGAGCUUUAUUGUUAAUGCAACUAUUUAAUUCUAUUAUCAAUCCAAACUUGGAAAACUUAAGAACAAUCUUCAAAUAUUUUGAUAAUUUUGAAGAUACACUGACCAAGAUUUGUAUUGUUAAGGGUACUCCCAUUUCACCACUCUUAUAUUUAUUAUCAUUGUGCUCCCAUCAUAGACAUAAUUCCCAUUCUGAUAUUCAUGAAAUCUUCUACUCAGAUAAUCCUCUCAUCCCUGCAAAACUACUGGAAAAUAUUAUUGAUAUUCCAAACAAAAAAACAGAUGCACUCUAUUACUCAGUCAUUUCAAGCAAAUCCUCCGAGGCAUUAGAUUUUUCAUAUUUAAAAGGUAUUCUUGGUAUUAAACUUGAUCACUCCCUAACAGCAUUUCGGUACCAACCACCAAAUUUUACAGAUAUUGCCACAAUUAUUGCUUCAUUCAGACAUGAAGAUGAAUUUUAUGGCAAUCUUAAUAUUGUCCAACUAGCAGUAAUUAUGGAAACCACUGAAAUUCUUAAACAAAUUCAUCAAAUCUUCUCCGAUGAAUCUUCUCUUAGUAUUUUAGAUAAUCUCUAUAGUGAGCCAUUCAAAGAUGGUACAUCCAUUUUGGAUGAGUUGGCAAAAAGAGGACUUUUUGAUGCAGGAAAUAUGUAUAUUACCACAAAACAAGAAUGGAGUAUCAAACAUUUUCGGUUAGCAUUUGAAUCAAACCAUUUUAACAUUUGUUAUUUUAUUAUUUCUGAUAAUUCAUAUACACAUGACUUUACAAAGGAAGAGAUUUUGCAAAUACUAAUUGGUGUAAUUGUUGAAAGAAAACAUAGAUUUGGGAAUAAGGAUGGACAAAUUGAAAUGGCAGAAACAAUUGCAUCUCUUUUUUCUGAUUUAACUCUUGAGGAGAGGUUUAAGAUGUUUAGUACACGUUUCAAGAUUGCUAUAAACAAUGAAGAAAAAAUUAAAGACACACCAAACUGUUGCCACAAUAAUGGUUGGCUAAACAUUUUAGAGGAAACUGUGUUUCAAGCCAAGUUAGCUUGGUCCAAACAAAACACUCCAAGGAAACAAAACCACAAGCACCACCACUUCAGUCUAUUAGAUAUAUGCUAUUGGAAAGGAUUAAUGUAUCUAUUGUUUUAUAUUGUACUUGAAGAUACAACAGGAAGAAAGAAAAAGAAUAUUCUCAUUAAUUCAGAUUUGAGCAAAGAUAUUUUGAUUCCUUGGAUUACAACCAAAUGUGACGAUACAGGAAAAACUCUUAUUCACUUUGCAUGUCAAAAACCUAAUUACUAUCCCGACAAAGAUGUCAUAGUGAAAGAUUUGAUUAAUUAUCUUUCAACAGUUAACAGACAAGAUGCACUAAAUGCUCAAGACAAUGAACUGAAAACAGCAGCCUUUUAUGCUUUAGAAUCACGCAGCUGUGAUUUUAUUUUCGAAGUAAUAGAUCUAUCUCUAAAAAAUAAUAAGGGUGAAACUGUUCAAGAUCUUAUGAGUGAUGAUAACAAGAUUCAGUAUGCAAAAUUCUUUGAAAAGAAGGAAACAUCAAAAAAGGAAACUACCACUCGAAGAAGAAAGAAACAAGAAAGUUUUGAUGAUACUAGUAGUGAUGAAGAAGAGAAACCACGAAAGACACGAUCAUCAACCAGAAAUAAGAAAUAG